CCGGAUUUGUCUACGACCCGACCCGAUCGACCCGGAAUUGAAACAGAAGGGGGAUACACAGAGGCGGCGUUAGAAGAAGGAAAUGGAGUUACAGUAUUAGUGAGAGAAGGACGAAGAAUAGAUAGAGGAGGAAGAAGAAUAAAGAGAAAAGAUGAACAAGAAGGAGAUCUUCAAGCUAGCGAAGGGUUUCAGAGGAAGAGCUAAGAAUUGUAUAAGAAUUGCGAGGGAAAGAGUCGAGAAAGCUCUGCAGUACUCUUACAGAGAUAGGCGCAACAAGAAACGUGAGAUGAGAGGUCUCUGGAUCGAGCGCAUCAACGCCGGUUCUCGUCAGCACGGUGUGAACUACGGGAACUUCAUCCAUGGACUGAUGAAGGAGAACAUCCAGCUGAACCGCAAAGUCCUCUCUGAGUUAUCUAUGCAUGAACCUUACAGUUUCAAAGCACUUGUGGAUGUCUCCCGCAAGUCGUUCCCUGGAAACAAGAACGUGGUCCAAGCAUCUCGGAAAGUAGACAUUUCAUCCAUCAAUGCCUAGUUAGGACCAAGUUAGUUUAAUCUUGUCCUUCUUAUGAACACGGAAUAUUUAGUUAUUUGUCAGAAUAACAUGUACCCCGGUGAUAUUACUAUACUUUUGCAAUUUGAGAGAAUGUAUUUCGUCUUCUUUAUUUCGUUGAGCAGAUCUAAAUCCAUUUAUUUGUUU